CUUAACCAACAAGCGUCUCUUCCGCAAGCUCCGCCCCUUUCCCCUUUGACCCCCGCCGAUGUCUCCGCGUUCCAUCUUCCUGUUCCAAACCACGUGGACGCGCGCUGGGCACUGCGGGGCAGCCGCUGCUGUGCUGCGAAGCCUGCGAUCAAAACAACGUGGGGGCUGAGCUCCCUGCUCUCCUUGUGAGCUAGGCAACUGGGUUGGCUGGCUGGCGCGGCGGCGUCAGCCGCAACAGCAACAUGGCGAGCCAAUCUCACUCCCUCAGCUAUGUUGGCUGCAACUUUUUGCGGCAGAGGCUGGUGCUUUCCACGCUGAGCGGACGGCCGGUGAAAAUCCGCAAGAUAAGGGCCAAGGCUGACAACCCCGGCCUCCGAGAUUUUGAAGCGAACUUUAUACGGUUGAUUGACAAAAUCACCAAUGGUUCUAGGAUUGAAAUAAACCAAACAGGUACUACUUUAUACUAUCAGCCUGGCCUCCUGAGUGGGGGUUCGUUGGAACAUGACUGCAGUCCCAACCGCAGCAUUGGGUAUUAUUUGGAAAGUCUUCUCUGCUUGGCACCAUUCAUGAAAUACUCACUAAGAAUCGUCCUCCGGGGAGUAACAAACGAUCAGGUAGAUCCUUCGGUGGAUGUUCUUAAGGCUACAGCUCUGCCCUUAUUGAAAAGAUUUGGAAUAGAUGGUGAAGAGUUAGAAUUGAAGAUCACCAGAAGGGGUAUGCCUCCUAAAGGAGGUGGUGAGGUGGUAUUUGUAUGUCCUGUUAAGAAAGCAUUGAAGCCUAUCCAGUUCACUGACCCUGGCAAAAUUAAGCGUAUCCGAGGUGUGGCUUAUUCUGUUAGAGUGUCACCCCAGAUAGCAAACCGAAUUGUGGAUUCUGCAAGGAGCAUCCUGAAUAAAUUCCUGCCAGAUAUUUACAUUUACACAGAUCACAUGAAGGGGACCAGCUCUGGGAAGUCUCCGGGUUUUGGUCUGUCUCUUGUGGCAGAGACUGCGAGUGGCACUUUUCUCAGUGCUGAGCUGGCCUCUAACCCCCAGGGACAAGGUGCUGCUGUACUUCCCGAAGACCUUGGCACAAACUGUGCCAAGUUACUGCUUGAAGAGAUUUACAGAGGAGGCUGUGUAGAUUCGACAAACCAAACCCUCGCUCUGCUCCUUAUGACCCUUGGACAGCAGGAUGUUUCCAAAGUCCUAUUGGGACCACUGUCACCAUACACAAUUGAGUUUCUGCGCCAUUUGAGAAGCUAUUUCCAGGUUAUGUUUAAAAUUGAAACCAAAUCAUCUGGCGAAGACUGCAAAGGUGGUGAAAAAGUCUUAAUGACAUGUAUUGGCAUUGGAUUCUCCAAUCUUAGCAAGACAAUAAAAUAGCAUUUGUAAUUUAAAUUGAGUAAAAUCUGAUGUGAAAUAUUUAACCUUAUUUGUUAUGCAGAAGAUAAUUCUGUUUAAAAACUUUGUAUGUGUUUAUCUGCCCUCAAACAUAUAUGUUCUGUAUGUAUCUUAUUUGCCCCCACUUUGCAAAGCAGUACUGUAGUUGUGUUCUGUCAAAAUAAACCCUCUGAAAGAUUUUGUAAAAACAUCAA